AUGUCUGAUGAACUAAAAGAUGAUACUGCAAGUCAGAUCGAGGAACUUAACAAAAAAAUUUCUGAAUUAUUGGAAGAGAAAACAAAAUUAUCAAGUACAGUAGAGAGUUUACAAGCUGAUUAUGGAAAAUUAAAAGCUGAUCACUCGAAUGCAAAAGAGGAGGCUGCAAACCAAAUAAAUAGCCUUGAAGAAGAAGUUGGUCAACUUAGUGAACAACUAGCACUUGCUCGUAACGAGGGUGAUGAAUUAAUUGCUGAGUAUGAAAGAGAAAGUAAGAAAUUGGAGCCCCGUCUUAAGCAACUAGGUGAACAAAACAGAAAUUUGGAAAAGCAAACAAGACACUUAGAAGGUCAAAGAAAUGAAUUACAAUCACGUAGAGAUUGUUUAACUUUAGAGAAGGAUAAACUUUUAUCACAACUUGAAGAUCUAACAAAGAAUAUAGAUUUCCUUGGUAAAAGCAUAAAUUCUUCAAAAGAACGUCAUGAAUCUAAAAAUGAUGAACUUUCAAAGCAAAAUUUAAUAUAUGCUGAGGAAAUUAAAAAAAUCGCUCAAUCAAAUGAAUCUUUACGAACUGAUUUGAAUCAAAUGGUUGCUGAAAAAGAAGGUUUAGAAAAACAAAUUGAAUUAAUUGAGGCUGAAGCUCAAGAUCUAUUGAAAAAGGGUGAAACCUUAGAAGAUAUUAAAGAGAGUUUGAAAUCUAAUAAACGUUCAAAUCUUGAAAUUAAUGGUCAAGGGAGUAAAUUGCCCGGUCAUGAUAAGGUGAUUGGGAAAUCUCGUGCCAUAAACUCUACGGAUAGUAUAGAUAAGCUGAAAUUAGAAGUUGAUCAAUUACGUGAAAUGGUGGAUGUGGUACAUAAUACUUCCGAUGAAUUAGACUCUAAAUCCGUACAGAUAACGCAAAUUCAUGCUAAAGAAUUGGAGGCUCUUAAACAUAGGUGGAAUGAAGAACGAUCGCUAUUAAAAGAAUCUAGUACAAAAACUAAAGCGUAUCAGUUAGCAGGAUUGGAAAUGAACCACAAAGAACUAGAAAAUUCUUGGAAACAAGAAAAAGAAACGUUCAAUAAAAAAUUACGCAUACAGAAAGAUUCUUAUGAAAGAGAAAUAAAAUCUCUACAAAAGGAAUUGCAAUCAGUUACAGCUAAUAAGAAAGCUUUGACUUUAGAAAAGGCUGCUUUGACAAAAGAAAAAAAUGAAUUAUUACAACAAUUAGACAAUUUGCAAAAGGAAACCAAUCGACACGCCAAGAAAAACACUUCGAUUAAUGAGCUUGAAACACGAUUGAGACGAUUACAAAAAGAGAAAGAAGUUACAUCUGAGCGUGCGACUCAAAAAAUAAAAGAUUUACAAGGAGAGCUUCAAACGGAAAAAGAAAAGACAUCAAAGUUAAACAAAGAGAAGAAUGUCGCACUUAAGGAAAAAUCCGAAUUACAAAGAAAAUACCUAAUUUCUAAUGAGGCGAAAGAAUCCCUUGAAUCGGAUAUUCGCGACGAAAAAGAACAUAUUAAAGCGCUUGAAGUCGAAAUUCAAAACAUCACCGAUCAAUUUCAAACUGAACGACGAGAUCACCAAUCCAAAAAUGAACAAUUAUCAAGAUAUGAAGAUGAAUUACAAGCUGUUCAAGAGCAAUGUAAUAGAUUACGGGACGAAAUGGAACAAUUGCAAGAUAAUUUUGGUGUUGAACGAAAUCAAUAUAAACAACAGCUUCAAAGGAUGGAGGCUUCAAAUAAAAGACGUGUUGGUGGUUCAAUUGAAGAUGGUGAAAUCAAGACAUUAGUGGACGAAAUUUCUAGACUGAAACACGAGUUGUCUAUGAAAAAUAGCCAGCUCCAAAAGCUGCAAGAAUCAGCACAAAAUGAAAUUAACUCUUUGCAGGAAGAAAUUCAGUCGACUCAACAACAACAAUUGGCAUUAAUAGAAAAAAUGCAAGCCAUUAAUUCUAGUAAUAUAGAAAACGGCCAGAGGGAAAGCAGAAAUAUUCCUCCAGAAUAUCAGAAAAUGCUUGAAGAAAAGGAUGCAAAAUAUAGGCACAAAUAUCAAUCUGAGCUAAUUAGUGAACGAAUGCAACAUGUUGAAGAUUGUAAAAUGUUACUUAAUGAAGUACGAUAUCUUAAAGCAAAAUGCUAUCGGGAAUCUAGAUUUCGCGCUGAUUUAUGCUAUCAGAAAAAAUUUUUAUUGGUACUCCUUGGUGGUAUGGAAUCAUGUGUUUGUGCCAAUAGCAUUGUAACUUCUGCUUAUGCCUGUUAUUUAUCUAUUAGAAUAUUUAGAAGCUCAUGGACUCGAAAUAAAGAAUUAAAACGAAAUAUCCAAUUGCAACAACAACGCUAUUAA